GGUACAAUGUUGCAUAUGCGCAGUCAACACAAAAUGAACGAAUCACUCGCUGAGACACUCGUUACUCCCGAGUCAUUUUAAAGAUUCGUUCAAAAAGAACGAAUCGUUCAUGAACGACCCAUCACUAGUUGUCAGGUCAACCGCUUGUGCCUCGGCCAAUUGAUUCUCAAUUUGGGCUUUUGUUUUUUGUACAAAGCAGGAAUUACAGUGUUGCUGAAAUGGCCUUGUAAAGUAAUAGUGUAGCGGGGCUCAAUUACAUGAAGCAUGUUUUUAAAACCCACGUUUUCUACUACAGAGUAGGGUCUCAUAUCCGUGGCUGUAAAUGUACCAAUCGCCGCAGUGAUUUGUUUUGCUUUGUUCGAAUCAGUUGGAAAUGCCUGCAUAAAUGCUGCGGGGAUAGUCUGUAGCGUGCGUGUUUCUCCUUGUUUUCGUCGAUUGCCAGCUAUUGACACACUGGGGUGAUGUCGGCGUAAAUGAGCUGACAUGUUUGAAGUAUUCCCGCUAAUGUAGCUUAUUGUCGUGUAGCAGAUGCGACAUACCAUAGUGUUUUUAUCCACCACUCUCUUGCCAUUCCCCUCAUAAUUUACAGGGAAACCAAAGUGGUCCCAAAAACCAGACCUGUUGAUUUUUGGAGGAUCUUCUAUUUCUGGUCUGGUAAUCGCAUUAAAACUAGCCAUAUUGCUACGCGCUAAUAUGCCUGACUGGAGUAACGGUUAAGUGCAAUUGUGUUUUUCUUUUGGGGUGGGUGGGAGUGGCAGACAGCACGUUGCCUUUUACGUCGUUUGGGUUGCCUUGUUGAGAGAAGUCGCACUGAGAACAUCAUAUUUCACACAAUUUAAGCAAUUUUAUCUUAUUUUAGGAUUAGUCAAACGAACCGUUCGGUUUGUAAUGCGUUCCGAACCGAAAGCCUCGUACCGAAUGAUUCAAUAUGAAUACGCGUAUCGUUACACCCCUACUAGCCAAUAUUAUUUUGAGUUACCAGUAGAAGAACCGUUACUUGGCUUUAAAUGUGACAAAAAUACAACACCUAUUCAACAAAUUGUUUAUUUAAUUAGAUUAUUAUACAAUGAACAUUUUGCAACAAAUUGUUUAUUGCUAAAAACUAACAUUAAUAUAAAUGAAAUAAAAUAUAAAUAGUAAUAUUAUUAGACACUUCCCAGACAGAUAAACAAAUAGACCCCUUUUCCGCUUACGUCACGGCAUUAGCUGGAGGCAAAACAAAGGGAAAACUGGAGGCGGCCAAUACAAACCAGCACAGAUUCGGCUAAAUAAGGAGUGAACUUCAAUGGUAAAUUCAUUCCAAACCUCUCCGCAAAAACUGCGUGCCUCAGUGAACUGUUGAAUCAUAAAGCUGAGUUCAAGUGGACAAAUAAACAUGAGCAAGAAUGGAAAAUGCUCAAGUCAACUCUGACAACAGUUCUCACCUACUUUGAUUCUGCUAAAAGAAUCUAAAAAAAAAUCUCCACAGACGCAUCAAAGGACGGAUUACGUGCAGUCUUAUUCCAAGCAGAUGCCGAAGGCUGGAAACCCAUAGCCUAUGCCUCCAGGAGUAUGACGCAAUCUGAAUGCAGAUAUGCUCAGAUCGAAAAAGAGUGCCUCGGACUUGUUUUUGGAUUUGAUAAAUUUCACGACUAUGUCUAUGGUUUACCAUCGUUCACAGCAGAAACGGACCAUAAGCCUUUAAUUGCAAUCAUCAGCAAAAAUCUGAAUGAAAUGUCUCCACGCAUUCAACGUCUAAUGAUGAGACUGCAACGAUAUGACUUUGAAUUAGUCUACACUCCAGUCUCUGAUCAGAAGCUCAAGCAAAUAGCUGAGGAGACAGCAAAAGAUCCCGUUCUCCAUGCUGUCAUUGACAAUUUGAACAACAAUUGGGUCAAAAGUUCUUGUGCUCAAUUCUACAAUGUGAGAUCUGAGCUCAGUGUGGCAGAUGGUAUUCUUCUGAGACGAGACAGAAUAGUUGUUCCACAAGUGUUGAGAGAAGAGAUGCUUUCCAGGAUUCAUGAAGGACAUCUUGGAAUAGAGAAAUGCAAACGGAGAUCCAGGGAUUCAGUCUAUUGGCCUGGAAUAAAUUCUGACAUUGAGACAAUGGUCAGUACUUGUGAAGUAUGCCUAAAACAUCAAAACAGGCAAGCAAGAGAACCUAUGAUCACAACAGACCUACCUCAGUAUCCCUGGCAGAAAGUGGGUACCGAUCUGUUUCAUUUCCAUGGAAAAGAAUACUUGCGGGUAGUGGAUUACCUUUCUAGUUGCCCAGAAAUCGCCCUGCUGUCUAACUCUUCAACUGCAUGUGUGAUUCAGCAUUUCAAGUCCAUUUUUGCCAGCCACGGCAUUCCGCUAGUAGUGGUGAGCGACAAUGGCCCGUGCUACAACUCAAGAGAAUUUCAGGAUUUUGCUGAUCACUAUGAUUUCAAACAUGUGACUUCAACUCCCCGUCGUGCUCAAUCUAACAGGAAAGCAAAAAAAUGAGUGCAUAUUGUGAAGCAAUUGCUCAAGAAAGCAUCAGAAGGCAAGUCAGAUCCAUAUCUAGCUCUUCUGAGCUAUCGAGCAACACCUCUUGAGCAUGGUGCAUCUCAUGCAGAGCUCUUAAUGAAUCGUAAGAUAAGAACAACGCUUCCAUUCAGAAUGAACACAAAACGGGACUCUCCAAAAGAGACAAAAGACAAACUAUGACAAACAAACAAAGAUGCUGAAAGUGUUAUCAACGAAUGUCAUUGUGAGAGUGGAAGAUGCAAACUGCUGGGACAAGAAGGCUGUUGUUUUGGAAGUAAAUCCAAGAUCAUAUGUUGUCAAAACAGAGAAUGGACAAACUCUUAGGAGGAAUCGCAGAAGUCUUCUUAAGACACAAGAAACAAACAACACACUGGCUGACAAGAAAGGAGAAGAAAUUCUGGUCUCACCUGAAGAACAAGUACCACCAAGCUUCUUCCAUUCGACUGGAUAAUGAUCAUUUUGCAGAAACCAACGAUGACUCUCCUAUACUAAGAAGAUCAUGGCGUAUUAUAAAGAAACCUGAUCGACUGAAUUUGUAAAUGACUAUGCCUAGUUACAUUUGAAAAGAACUAAACAAAUGCUUUGUUUUUGUUUUAAAUGGCUGUUUAGUGACAAUAUUAUACGUUUGUGUUAAAAUGUCUCUGUUGUUUAUGCACUCCAUUUUGUGUUUUAUUUCAAAAGAAAGGAGAUGUAGUGAUUAGUUGAUGUUCCUGUUAUUGUCCACUAGAUGGCAAUAGUAACAAACAUAAAACACAGAUACAUAAGAGUAAGACAACACAAGGGGGUAUGUGUGUGCGGCAGAAAUAAAAGAGGCUACACGCCAGUUCGUAGAGUUCCUUUUCAGAGUGUUUAUUCAACAAACACCACAGUCAUCUAUUUUUAAGUUGUCACAAGUGCAUUAGUAUAAAGGGAGAGGGAACAGUGAGAAGGCUCAUGUUAUGUGUCAGUUUUGUGUUCAAGUAAAUGCAUUUGCUAACGGUUGCCACUGUUAGCACACGCAGGCAUCUAACGUUAUAGAUGUAUAAGCUCUCAGUUCAAUCUUUACUAUAAACACUUGGUUUCUCUGUCUGGUAGGUGUAGAUGUCAGGCCACUUAACUGGAGGUAAUCAUGUCAGUUCGUCUCUGGAUCCAUUGAGUGAGCGCAUACAGGUCAGUCAGAUCACUUGCGUUAAAGUCAACUUUUUUAAAAAACAAUCGCGGGGGGUACAUGCAUACUUGUCUUUAGCAUUCGCAUUGCGUGCAUUCGCAUUUAUAAUACGACCGUCUAAGCGGUCAACGCCUCCGUUACGUCCCCAUACGUUAGCGGCAAACGCGUCCGUUACGGCCCCAUACGUUAGCGGCCCGCCGGGAAAACGCCCGGUACGCCAGAUGGCCAGUCCGCCCCUGGUAAUGUGGUCAGAGGGAUCUUUCUGCCUCCAGCUAAGCUCCACCCACAAAAACGCGUCGCAAUGUUUACUAACAGGAAAGGCGUCUAUACAGCCGGGAAGUUAACUUCGGGCCAGGCGCAUAGGUCAUAUAAUACCGCCUAUAUUAUUAAAAUGUUAUCCUACAAAAUAUCUUUCCAGAUUAUAUUGAUUUAUCAUGAAUCAUGUAUUACAAAUGAAUUCACUGCCUGUUACAGUAUACACUUCUGGAAAAAGAAACGUUGAACUCGACUAAAAUGUGUAUCAUGAUCUUAAUAAUCUUUCAAUCUGAAGGUGUGUGUUUAGUUUACAUGUCUGGAAUUACUUUUGUGGACAAAAACACAAUUUUACAUUAGAAAAUGUGUCAAAUAAUGAAGAAAAAGCAGCAAAUAAGAGCCCAUAAUAGAUGGAAAUUCCUUCAGUAGUGGUUAAAAAUCUCUUGUGGCUAAUUGGAAGACGUGGCUACAUUUUAUUUUUAACAGUUUAACAGUAUUUUAACUACAUAUAUAUAAAUGACACAGCAUUUCUCAUCUCAUGCAUUUUCAGUAUGUCAUAAAGUUUUAUUUAUUAUUUUAUUUUAUUAUUUUGAAGGACAUCCCCCAUGGCAGGUUUGGUCAGAUUUCACUUACAGAGACAGAGAAAUUCAAACAAUUCUGGUUGUGUUGAUGGAAAACACACACACACACUUGUCACAGCAGGUACUGCAGAUCAAACCGCACCUGUGGUGGCAUAAAAACUGCUUCCUCACACACUAUAUACCCCACAUGAGCAUGCUCUCUAUGUGUGUGAGAAAGAGACUUUCUUUAUGUUAUAGCUUUUUUUCCAAACAUCUUUUUAAAGAGAAUGUUAUGUUUUUUAAGAAAGUGCUUCAGAAUUCAUGAUGUAAGAACAAAACUGUGAAAAUGUAAAAACAUCACAACAUAAAAUAUUGUUGUACAAAUGUCUUUAGUUUAGGAAAUGAAAAUGAAACGACACCAUUUAACAUCAUAAACAAAUUAUUGUUAAACAAACUGUAAUAUUUAUUAAUGCUGAACCCUUAAUAAAUCAGAAGCAUUAUUCAAUAUUACUGUAUAUAUAAAAAACAAAGGGCUUUUGUUUUUAAAUUGUUUUCAUUUAAUAAUGAAACCAUUUAAUAAUCUCCCAAUUACGAAUAAUAAAAAGCAUUCCAAGGAUUAGUCAAUUAUGACUUACUUGAGGUAAAUGCAGUUAUAACAAUUUAAUAUUAGGUUUUUCAUAUUUUAUAUAAAAUUGCUUCAGACUUGUUUUACUUUAAAGUAAAUGGUUAUAAUAACAGACACUUUAAUAAAAUUAAUAGUAAUGCUAAAUAACGUUCAGUACAAUGUGACACUAAAGCAUCACACGUUUGUUGUCAGUUAAGGAGAAGUUGAGCCUUACUGAUGGUGCUGUUAAUGUAUAAGGGUAAUGAAUAAUGACUGAGCAUUGGGACUAAAUAAUGUUAAAACUAAAUGAGGAUGAUGUUUUGGGAAGAACGAGUUGAUCAUUAGCUGAGUAUAAAAGCAAUAGAAGAAUGAAAUGACCACUAUGAUACACAAGUUAAUCCUGAACACAGACUUCACAGAAGUGUCUGGAGAGCACCGUCUGAGAAUAAAUUGAAGGAUUACUCUGCUCAUAUGUGGGUGUGUUACUGGGUAAAUUUCCAUCUGAUGAUUCUGUAACUCAUUUAGAGUGAAUUACAGUAAUCUGGGACACUUUGCUAUUGACUCCUCAUGUCAGCAGUUCUGAGCACCUAAUAAGAUUUGUUAGAAGUUGAAUGUCGUUGCUGUCCUUCUGAAACCUUGGAUGUCCAAAUCAAGGUUAUUUCUGUUUACUAAAAUGAAAACUUUGAAAACGUUUAAUUGAAAUCAAAUAAAAUAUUGACUUAACAUUUUUUGGAAAAACUUGACUCAAGGAAAAUUUGAAAUAUUGCCUCAAAAAUAAACUGAAGUAAGUUUAAAGCAGUAAAAGUAUAAUAAUAAACAAAAACUAAAAUAAAAAUUAUCUAAUUAAAUAAAACAUUAAAAAUAAACAAAUAAAUUAUAAAAUGACAAAAGCAUAUACCAAAAUUGCUAAAACUUUAACUAAAAAAAAAAAAGAUAAUUUAAAAUAUGAAUAAAACUAUAAUAAGUCCAAAUUCACAAUUUUUCAGCAAAAGACUUUUUCAAUGAUUUAAUACUGUGUUGUCAAAGAUGACAAGGACUUUUUACCUCUUAUUGGUUAUAUUUGCAAAACCCGUGACAAGCAUAAAGGUUGACUAAAUAAUAAUGAUUUAUGACAAAAAUAAAAAGUCAUGAAAUGUGGAGAUAUGAGGUCUCAGAAGGACAGCAGCGAUAUGGUAAUGUUGACAUAGAAAGUUGACAUUUGAUUGGACAAGAAACAUACAUAAAUGUAGGUGUUCCUAAUGUCAUCCCACAUCGGUAAGGUUCAGUGUAAAUCAUAAAACUGUUCAAGUCUGAAAGACGUCUUCAUGGUAAUACUGAUUUGUUUGUGCUUUUUCUUAGUUGAAGCCAUUACCGGUAAUCUGUAAUUUUUCAUUUCUUUCUUUCAAAAAUACCUCUUUCUCAUUUUAUGUAAAAAAGUCUUCAAUUUCAAAUUCACCCUA